AUGCAAACUAUCAAAUGCGUCGUUGUGGGCGAUGGUGCCGUCGGUAAAACGUGCUUGUUGAUAUCGUACACGACCAACAAAUUUCCUUCCGAAUAUGUUCCUACGGUCUUUGACAACUAUGCUGUUACCGUCAUGAUUGGUGACGAGCCAUAUACGUUGGGUUUAUUUGAUACUGCCGGCCAAGAGGAUUAUGAUCGUCUUCGACCAUUGUCAUACCCCCAAACGGAUGUCUUUUUGGUGUGCUUCUCAGUGACUUCGCCCGCAUCAUUUGAAAACGUCAAAGAAAAGUGGUUCCCCGAAGUGCAUCAUCAUUGCCCUGGUGUACCUUGCUUGAUUGUUGGAACACAGAUUGAUUUGCGAGACGAUCCUGGUGUUACGGAAAAGUUGGCCCGACAAAGACAACGACCCAUUAGCUUUGAUGCUGGAGAGCGACUUGCACGGGAAUUGGGUGCCGUCAAGUAUGUUGAAUGCUCAGCGUUGACGCAAAAGGGAUUGAAGAACGUGUUUGAUGAAGCCAUUGUUGCUGCUCUCGAGCCCCCGGUCAAGAAAAAGUCCAAAAAGUGCACCAUAUUGUAA